GAUCACUUGGGUUUUGUACCAGCGGCUCGUGUGGACCUCCCCGUGCGGCGUGUGCUGUGAUGCGGCUCCGUGCACUGAACGAUGAACAGGAUUGAUAUUCGCGGAUCGUUCUCCGGAGUCCAUGUGAACAAGGUGCCAGGAACCCUGGAAGUGCUUGAUCCAGAAGAUAAUGAUUCUCUAAAGAGGGCUGGAUCCCGAAAACCGUAUAUUUGUGACGGACAAGAGUUUGCAAGAGAUGAUUAUCAGCAACCAAUAAAUUCACACAAUGGGACGCUAGAAGUGCUUGGACCUACAGAGAAUGUGUUUGUUCAUGCUGCUGAAUCUUCAUCACGGCCUGGCAGUUCAGCUUGUAGACAAGGAUCAGCUGGAAGGAAAUGUUCUGCAUCUGCUAAGCAGAUCUCCCUGUGUACAGUAAAGCGUAUUGCACCCAGCAGCAACAUUGCAGAUUAUAAUGUAGCCGACCUCAAGAAUUCAAAGAAGAUCGAUCAUUCCGAAGCAAGAGAACUGCUAACUGGCAGGCCUGACAGUUCCGCCGGUAAAAACGGAUCAGUUAGAAGGAAAUGUUGUGCAUCUACAAAGCAAAUCUCACUGUGUACAGUAAAGCGUAUUACACCCAGCAACAACAUUCCAGAUUAUAACGUAGCCGACCUCAAGAAUUUAAAGAAGAUAGACGCCGAUCCUAUGCAAAAGGAACCAAAUACUGCUGAAAAAGACUCCACAGAGGUCCACUCGGCAUCCAUUCAAAGCUGCAUCUUAACAGAUCAGCCUCAGGAGUCUUCUAGCGAUGACGAUGAGAGUGACAAUGAAACAACGGCUGCUCCCUUACAGCUCUUAACAGAGUUUAUUAAGGCUGCAAUGGAUGAGGAUUAUAAACUGGCAUGGAAGCUUUGUCAAAUGAUACUUAUAUAUGAGCCAGAAAAUCCGGAAGCAAAAGAAUUUUCACCGCUGAUUCAGAAAAUGCUGCAAAAUGAAGAAGACCAUGCCAGUAAUGAUGGAGACAGUGAAGAUACUGAUGAAGAUGAUGAUGGCAGUGAUACUGAUGACAGUGACAGCAACUCUACGGAGACCUCUGAGGCAUCCAGUGAAGAUGAAGCAGACAAUUAAAUAAUUGUAUUUACUAAAA